CACUCUCGUAACGCCGGACCACCAAUCGAGUCUUCUAGGAUGCCUUGACGAACUUGUUUGACGACCACUUCGGAAUCACCUUCGACUAUCACGCGGGUCAAGGAUCUUGAGGCUACGAUGGAGAUAGCAUCUCUAAAGACUAGAAGCUCUGCCAGGUAAGGAUUGACUAUUCCUUGAAGCUGCAGCCCAAACGCCAACACCACAUGCCCGUCUGACCCACGGAUAACAAGCCCAGACGAACAACUAGUGGCACAAACAGCAGCGUCGAAGUUUUCUUCUCAAUUCAAUUUCUCACAAUUCAUCUACCAUUCCCAAAUCCAAAGCGUGCAACAAACUUUGCACCAUAAUCAUUUUUUCGUCCAAUUGAGACAAAACUUAACAAACUUACAGCUCAACAUGGAAUUGAUGUUAAGAUUUGCUACUGCUAAUCUUAACAAAUCUAAUCUUACUAGCCUAAACAACUCGGUGAUUACUAGUGUUCACUGACUCGUCACUGCUAGUUUCAACCAAAGUUUCAACCAAAAGGAUAUUUAUAUUAAGUGAACUUGGAAGUAAUUGACUUGCCACUGCAAUCUCAACCAAAUCUUCACAAGCAUCCUUUUCAAUUUAUCAAUAUCAAUUUUCUUCUUUCGAGUUUUAAGUAUAGUGUGUGCCCGGACAAAAUAUGGUUUCUACAUUAGUAAAUAUAUGGUACCAUAUACCAUUAGGAAGAAAACUCUAUCUAGACCUCAAAUUAACCGGAUUUUCGGUCGUGAGACUAUACUCGCAAUGGAGUCACAAUCUAGCGUCUAUGUAAAAGCGAAAUGAUGUGUAAAAACGGAAGCGCCAAAGCAAAGCAUAAAAGCGUAACCUAUUAACAUCAAUAAAUUUGAAACAAAUAUAUAUAUAUAUGGUGUCGUAUUCGGUGCACCCACUUUUUCGGGUGCACUGAGUGCACCCGCCUCAUAAUUGUCAUUCUGACCAUGCGAUUCAUGUCAAUAUGGUAUCAAUUGUUGCUUAUGAUAUUAUGAAUAAGAAGCACAUGAAUUUGAAAAAAAUUCAUUCAAAAUUUACUUUAAUUUGAAGGAUUUAGGAUUUAGGGAUUUAGGGUUAGGUUUUAGGUUUAUAAUUUGGGAUUUUGGGUUGGGAUUCAAAAUUGAAUGUUAAGGGGUUAGGGAAAUGGAUUAAUUUGUUAUGAUUCUAUGUCAUAUCAUCAUAUUAUAUUGAGAGUACUAAUUAAAGUUCAAAAUUUGAUGUAUUAUUGACGCUUUUAGAGUUGGGUGCACUGAGUGAACCCAAAAAGUGAGUGCACCGAAGUAGGCACUAUAUAUAUAUAUAUGUGUGUGUGUGUGUGUGAAAAAUAUAAAUAAAUAAGUGAACUUGCUAAUAUAUUAAAGUUUCCCCUCGCAUAGAUAAACUAAAUUAAUUGAACUUUAAACAAGAAUUAACCACCUUCAUGCUGCCUUCGAGAAAAAUAAGAGAGGAGGAAACAAUCAGCAAAUGUUGAGUCUAUGAGGGUUAUAGGCAAGCUUCCCUAAUAAGGGUCUUUGAUCCUUAUUUAUUUUAUUUUACUUUUGGAACACGGUUCUAAAAGUUUGUAAUGCGGGUCUCAAAAUUUGGAACGGUCCAAAUUGAAUCAACCCAUAGAACACCCCUACAAUAUUGUCCCAAACUCGGACAUCAAAAGACUAAAAAAUAUGUGGAUUUAGUAGGUGCUGAAACUUUAAAUCUACAUUUUUUCUUGGUAAAUAUAGAAAAUAUAGGAUUCAAACUUUUAUUAGCUGACGAGACAGUCUAUAUGUCGGACAAAUAUUCUCAACUCAAAAGAAACAAAAGGAAGAGGGUUUGUGUAUCCGGGCUUCGCAAUUUGGCCUAAGGAUUAACGACAAACUAUAGCAGAAAGGAUUACGUACGAAAGCUAAUCUUUACAUUCCUGUUUCUCACGCAAAAUCAAAUUUGGAGUCUUAAUUCCUGCCGCCCGGAUUUGGCUGUGUAUAUAAACCUUGAUCGACACCACUCUCCGUUGAGUAUUAACUUACAAAGCUUUUUAACUCACAGUUCAAAAGCAGAAGCAAAUUUUCCUCAACAUAUAAAUUUGUAGCUAUGGCUUCGAAAGCUUGUAUUUUGUUGUUCGUGUUAGUCGCUGCUUGCCUUCUAGUCUGCAGUAGCUCUUCGGGGCUCCGACUUUCAGCAACCAAGUCAUCACCGCUCCCUUCCACAGCUUCGGUUAAGGUUGACGGCGUCCAUCAGGUGAUUUCACGAUCGGUGCAUGCAUGCGUUCUUUUUGACUUCCUGCCAUGUUAAUGAAAAAGUUGGAACUACGCAGCAGCUUGAUAUAUAUUGUUAAUUAUAUGAUUCAUGUACGUAGUUAACCAGCCACACAAAUAUAUCUAAUCUAAUCUAAUCUAAUCUAAUCGUGUAUUGGUUUUAUAUAUAGGCGGCCAGUGACACCUCCCCGCCAGCACCGUUGUAUUCGAAUGUUGCGGGAGUAAACGGAGAUGAAAUUGAUUGUGACGGUGAGAAACCUAAAAAAAAACAGCAUGACGCACCAUCUCCCGGGGACGACAACUAAUACAUAAAUCUGAUCAAACCAAUACAUAUGGACACCAAUCAAGAUUGUCGUAGUUUCAUGUGUCAUACAAAUAUACUGAAUUAUGUGGACCUCAUGUUUCAUACGAUUCACACUUCCCAAGCAUUACAAUAUGUGUCGUAAUAGCUAAUCGUGUGACAUAUAUACUUACUAUAAUAAAAAAGGGUAUGCACAACCCAAUUUUUCUCUUAAUCUCAGUUCUUGCGGUUUGAAUCAUUUUCAAGUUGUAGUUUUCAAUGUUGAAUGAGUAGCAAACUCCUAUCUUCCUUAUUUAAUUGCCAAGUAAUUUUAUCAAUAAAUUUGCUUAAAACAUAUUUAUUUUUUGCUUGAUUAUGCUCGUGUACAUGAAAUAACACAAUUACAUUGUUAAUGAAAGAUAAUAAAUUUAUUCUUAAGUAACACAAGAACAAGAUUUUUUUUAAUCGAAUAGGUUCACGAUAUGGUAUUUAAGUGUUUCACUCAAUGUCUAUUGUUUUUUUUUUUUUGUGAUAUGGGUAUCUCAGGUUGGUCUAACAAUGAUAUUUUUGUAUAUAAAAGCAGGUUGAAAAUUGUACAUAGUAGUAUGUAUUAGAACUUUUGCAUGUCGGAGAGAUAUUUUUUACACGAAAUAUAGUCGACAAUUUUAUGUAAUAGUUAUGAAAUUCAGAAUGACAAAUGUUUUAGAAUCUGUUGAAUAUUAAAAAUAUCACAACACGGACAAUUGCUCACUUCCAUUAGGUUUUUACUUCAGAAUGCAACUUUUUAUGUGGAAUGUGACAUUAAGUUUUCCAAAACGAUGACAACUAAUUGCAUUUGUGUUUCCAUAAACUCAAAAUUUUCAAUAUUUGGUUCAAAUGAUCAAUUAGUUAGAAGUCAGCUAAAAAUAUAUCGUCUAUCAUUUAUGAUAUGGUUUCUAAAAUGAUGCUGGUCCUGAAGCAUCAAUUUCCUAAAGGGAAACCAAUGACGACUCGUGUCAAAAGACUUUGUGAGAUGUGACGAAGAUGAAUAACACCAUCACGAACCAAUUCGGAAUAUAGUGAAUGUGGACCUCUAUGUGCUUCGGGCGGUUAUGGAGAACCAAACUCUGUUAACAUGUUAAGAAAUGAAAUAUGAACCACAAAAACUCGGUUUUACCUUAUAUCAUUGAAAGGUUCAGGACUAAUCCAUGGGAGAUCCUAAAGACUCUCCUAGCUGUUGAUAGUUGUUGCUUGAGGUUGAACAACAGUACAAAGAACAAAUAAGAUGUCACCGAAGUUGAGGAGUUGGGAGCUAACUUCACCCAAAUCCAAUGUGAUGUUCAAGAUUUGGGGGCUAGAUUGGCAAGCUUGGAGAUCGGAUAUGAAGGGUUGCGUGAAGAGCUUUUGGCCCUCAUCAACAACACCAUCUCUACCUCAAUGAACAACGCGAUUGAAGUUGGGAAAGGAGACUAUUCAGGCUGAGCUGGCCAUCAUGAAGGAGGAGAUUGGAGACCUCAAGUGUGAGGUUACUCUUGUGAAGAGGGCCAUGGCUAACGGACAUGCCGCGGUGCAAGCCACCUCAACCAUGGAUAUUCCAAGACCAAAGAGCUUGAAAGGGUCGAUGAAUGCAAGGGAGUUAGAGAACUUCCUAUGGAGCUUGGAGCAAUACUUCAAAGCUUUGGGUAUUCGAGAUGAGAAUACCAAAGUAAAAAAUGCACCUCUUUAUUUAAGUGAUGUUGAUAUGUUGUGGUGGAGAAGAACCCAAGGCGAUAUAAGUAAAGGGACGUGCGUGAUGUUUUGAUAGAAUGAAUAUAGCUAUCAUUGAAAUGAGCUUUUCUAGCGGUGCAAUGUCAAAAUUCUACCAAUACUAGUCCAAUAACAAAUACUCUGAUUUAUAAAAACAACCCACGAAGUGAUCAUAUAGAACCAAACAAUUGUUUCUCGGUCCACACUUCUACUAGCAAUGUUCGAAUGAGGACUAGGACCACGAACUUAAUUUCCUUCCUUUGGCUACUAUCUUGCUCCAUCAAACACCUUGUAUCGACAUGCCCUGCAACACUUGGAAUUAUCAUAUGCAGAUUUCUAAAUUUCCAACCAGAAUGAUGCAUCACUCAUUCUGCUCGCGGGACAGAUGCAUAAAUCUCGAAUCUUGAAGUCACAAAAUGAGAGUGCAGCAAACUAAAAGUAUAAAGCCCAAAAUCCGAA